AUGAAUGUCCUCAGUAUCAGGAACGCCGGCAAGAGUUUCCGCGAUCCAGGCCAGACUCCAAAGAACGAUAUGCGCGCAUUCCCCAUGGCGAAACCGAAGCCUCAUGACCUGCCAGUAGACUCCAAUCACGUCAAUCGAUCUGCUUAUCCGUUCAUCACGCGGCUGCUCUCUGCAAUGCACCCCGAAACCCCUCAGUUGUUUGUCUUUGAGGACCAAAGUAGCCCGGGCGAAUCACGCAACAUCGCUUGGACUCAGCAUAUCUGGACUCGACCCUCUAGAAUCGGAAUCGACUAA